AUUAAUAGAUAAUAGUGAAUUAAAAGUCAACAAUCUUCAAGGAAAAAUCAAAAGAUAAGGAUAUAAGGGGAAGUCAGAAUUUGUAACCUCUCUACACAAGUUUUAUGUGCAUACUUUUCCAAGAAAAUUUGGGAUAGAUUGGGACCUUUUUUUCCUUUACUAAAGCAGAUUCUUUUAAUUGAUUUUCCUGCAACACCAAAGUAAGUAAACUCAUCCUUGCUUAUUUUGGCAAUAAUGUAUCCACCUCCAUCCUUGAUUAUACUCAAACUCCUCCUUUCCACUCUUCUUCUUGUCACUCCAUCCCAAUCUCUCUCGCAAGGCAACCACGAAGAUGAUCACGAGUCGUCGUCGCUCUUCUGCGAAAGCUGGCGGUUUUCUGUAGAGACUAACAACGCCGGAAAUUGGUCAACUAUACCCUCCCGUUGUUAUGAGUUUGUAAACCACUACAUGACCGGCGAUCGAUACGUGUCAGACUUAGGCGUUACCGGGAGAAAUGCGUUGGACUAUGCUAAAACCGUGGAUAUAGCCGGCGAUGGGAUGGAUGCUUGGGUCUUUGACAUUGAUGAGACCCUUCUCUCGAUGUUGGCUUACUAUAAACUUCACAAAUUUAGGAGCACUACCUUGAAAGUAGAAGUAAAGUGGGGGUUGCGGCAUAAACUAACCGUGUUGCCGGCAAGUUUGAGUCUAUACAACGAGAUUCGUCAACUUGGUUUCACCGUCUUCCUCUUAACCGGCAGGCCUGAAUGGUUAAGGAACCAAACUGUAACAAAUCUAUUGUAUGCCGGGUACAAUGACUGGGAAAGAUUGAUUCUGAGGCAGUCUUAUGAUGAAAGAAAAAAGGCUAUCGAUUACAAAUCUGAAAACAGAAAGCAGCUAGAAGAUGAAGGUUAUAGAAUCCAUGGCAGCUUGGGAGAUCAAUGGAGUGACUUGCUUGGAUAUGCAACUGCACAACGAUCGUUUAAAUACCCUAAUCUUAUGUACUAUGCCGCGUGAUUUUGUUAGAGGCAUUUGAUUAAAAAAUAACGCGUUUGCUUCAAAUAAUAUUUACAUUUUCUGUUUUAAUAUAUUUCAUAAUUUUUUUUUUUA